AUGGCGGUUCAGGACGAUCUAGCCUCGCUCUUCUCUAAGAACCUCACUCUCACCUCCAAACCGCCACCAACCCCUCCCCAGGAAGAUAAGAUCGUCUACAUCUCCCAGCACUACAACCAUAGCGCACACAUCACGGCCCAACAGCAGCAGCCCCAGGUCCAGCAGGAUGAGCCUAUGCAGCGACCAUCCUCGGAGCCCCCACGGUCGGACCUGCAGGACCUCGAGCUGCUCCUCCGCAACCACGGCGUGGACACGUCGGCUCUUUCCCUCCCGCAGGUCGAGCUGUUCCGCAACGCGGCGGACGCCCAGAAGGCGCGGCUGAUCCAGCUGUGGACCAUCUGCCCUCCCAGCAACCCGGCGGACAACCCUUCCUUGACCUGGAGCAACACCACCGUCGAGCAGGAGGAGAUGCUCGCCCAGAGGCGGUUCGAGCACCAGCAGCAGCAGCAGCAGCUCCAACACGCCCCUGCCGACGAGACCGUCAUGAGCCUGGACGGCACCGACACUGGGACCACGUUCGGCAGCUCGCCCGCGUCUAUGCAGUCAGGCGACGGCAGGUGGGUCGCCCACGCGCAGCACUACAUGGAGCCGUACAUGCAGAGCGGUUACGAGCAGCUUGCCAAGAAGGAGUACGGUGCUUCCGCGGGCAGGGGGGUCGCGGAGUACAAGAUCGCCACCGACCCUGUGUAUCAGUCGACCGGUGGGGUGCUGGAUUACGAGAGGCAGCAGUGGAUGGAGAAUCAGUACGGCUCUGUCGUCGGCGGCUGGGGCGACGAUGAGGAGAUGCUGUAA